UCCCUAUUUCAGUUUAUAUUGAGAAACGGUAGUCGGUGGUUUAAAAUUGAAACGCUUUAUUUGUUGCUUUUCUUGUGUUUGUCAAGGCGCCAAAGUUAAAAAAGUAACGGCAAUAAACAAAUUUAGGCAAAAAUGGCUAACAGAUCAGACAACAGCAGCUCUCCCGAUUAUGCGGCCAUCCUACAAACGAUCUUAGAAGUAAUCGUUUUCCACAUCAAAUUCUGGUUUGCCACCUUCGAGGGUAUAGUGCGUUCUUUCUUGCCCAAAGAAGAAGUCGAUGUUAGAGGCAAAUUUGUCUUCAUCACCGGCACCGGUCAUGGCAUGGGCAAAUACAUGGCCCAACAGUAUGCUGGUCUGGGUGCUAAAAUCAUAUGCGUCGAUGUCAACGAAAAGAACAACACACAGACUGUCAAGGAAAUCAAGCAAGGUGGAGGUUCUGCUUUUGGCUAUACCUGUGAUGUAACAAAUCGCCAAGCCAUCUUUGAAUUGGCUGAAAAAGUGCAACAGGAACAUGGCUUUAUUGAAAUCAUUGUCAACAAUGCCGGUAUUAUGCCUUGCCGUCCCUUGUUGGAGCAAACCGAACAAGAGAUUCGUUUGAUGUACGAUGUAAAUGUGAUGGCUCAUUUCUGGAUCCUUCAAGCCUUCUUGCCCCAAAUGAUUUCCAAAAACAAGGGUCACAUUGUUGCCAUGUCCUCAUGUGCUGGUUUAUUCGGUUUGCCCAAUUUGGUGCCUUAUUGCGGAACUAAAUUCGCUGUGCGCGGUAUAAUGCAAUCUAUGAAUGAGGAAUUGCGUCGUCUCAACAAGCAAAACAAUAUUAAAUUCACCACCAUCUAUCCCUAUAUGGUUGAUACUGGCCUUUGCAAGAAUCCUCAUUUCCGUUUCUCGUGGAUGAAAAUGGUUGAACCUAAGGAAGCUGCUAGUGCCAUCAUUUAUGCUCAACGUACUGGCCUCGAGGAGGUCAGCAUUCCUCGCCAUUACAUAUAUCUGGAAAAGAUUGGCCGCCUGUGGCCCCGCAAAGCUAUGCGUGUGGCCAAUGAUUUUGUUGAUGCCUAUGUAGAAUCGGAUAAGAAAUAAUUGUCUUUAUCUGUUUACCCCUCACCAGCUGCUCUGUUCCAAAUCCUUUAGAAAAAGAAAGAGAGAGAGGCUUUUUGUCCCAAAGAAUGUUUGAUUAAGUCACAAAAACCCGGAUUUCCUGGGGAAACCCCAAAACAAAACAAAAAAACUGAAACAAAAAUUUACUUAAACAAAUAAUUUAAUUAUUAUGAUUUUUUUAUAUUUAAAAUAAAAAGAAUUUUUUAUAAAAAAAAUAACAAAGAAAA